AUGUUUGGAAAUGGAUCGGAAAGCAGGUUGAGAGACCUUGAGAUCAUGCCGGGUCUGCUGUCUGCGCCGGUGCUCCUGGCGGCCGUGUCCUCCUCGCUGGGGAAGCCCGAAACCCGAACCGCCCCGAAGCCCGAGAGGGUCCCUCAGACACUCUCCAGAGGUUGGGGCGAUGAGCUCAUCUGGGCCCAGACGUACGAAGAGGCUCUGUACAGAGCCAAGUCCAGCACCAAGUUCCUAAUGGUCAUCUUCCACCUGGAGAACUGUCCACACAGCUCAGCUCUGAAGAAAGCCUUUGCUGAGAAUAAGAAGAUCCAGAAGAUGGCCGAUGAAGACUUCAUCCUGCUUAAUCUUGUGUUUGAAACAACAGACAAGCAUCUCUCACCGGACGGACAGUACGUUCCCAGAAUCCUGUUUGUGGACCCCUCUCUCACGGUGCGGGCCGACAUCACGGGCCGAUACGCCGACCGCCUGUACGCCUACGAGCCGAGCGACGUCGGUCUCCCGAUCAGCAACAUGAAGAAAGCCAAGAAGCUGCUGAAGACGGAACUGUGA